UCUCUCCUCUCAUGCAGGAAGCGGGACCUGCUAGCUGUCAACAAAGGGCAAAAUUGGAGGAAAUUAGCAAAUCCAUGUCGAGUUCGGCGUCAUUGCUGAUCCGCCGCUCCUCCAUACAAAUUGUAGUACUUCACAUCGCCAGCUGAUCCUUAAAGAUGACGACUACUGCUCAGCUUUUUGAGGAGCCCUUUGAUGCAGAUGAAUACAUUGAGAGAUUGGCCUGGAGGACUCCCGGGGGAGGCUCCAAAGGAGGAGUCGAAGCAUUCGACCCAAAACGGUUGUUGGAGGAGUUUGAGAACCACAUUGAAGAGCUAAAACAACUGGAUGAGAAGAUACAGCGGCGGGUGGAGAAACUAGAACAUCAGUGUCAUCGGGAAGCAAAGGAAUUUGCCCACAAAGUGCAGGACUUGCAGAGGAGCAACCAGGUGGCCUUCCAGCAUUUUCAGGAGCUCGACGAGCACAUCAGUUAUGUGGCAACCAAAGUGUGUCAUCUGGGCGACCAGCUUGAAGGUGUGAACACUCCACGGCAGCGCGCCGUAGAAGCUCAGCGUCUGAUGACUUACUUUAACGAGUUCUUGGAUGGGGAUCUGCGUAGCGAUGUCUUCAGUAACCCAGAUAAGAUUAAAGAGGCUGCCGAUAUCAUUCAGAAGCUGCAUCUCAUUGCCCAGGAGCUGCCAUUCGACAGAUUUGCUGAUGUCAAAGCCAAAAUUGCAAGUAAGUACCAUGAUCUGGAGCGACAGCUAAUCCAGGAGUUCACCGCUGCCCAGCGCAGGGGAGAGAUUGGACGAAUGCGGGAGGUGGCGGCCGUUCUCUUGCAUUUCAAGGGCUAUGCACACUGUGUAGACGUCUACAUCAAACAGUGUCAGGAAGGUGCUUACACGAGGAAUGAUGUGUUUGAAGACACAGCAGUCCUCUGCCAAAGGGUCAACAAACAGGUGGGCGAGGUCUUCAGUAGCCCGGAGACCGUCAUGGCCAAACUGAUCCAGAACAUCUUUGAAAACAAAUUGCAGGCCCAUGUCCGGGAAAAACUGGAUGACACGCGGCACUCGGAUGUGGAACAGUACCUCAGGAACCUCUUUGACCUUUACACAAGAUCCACAUUGUUGGCCACCAAGCUCAGCGAGUUCAACCUGGGCUCUGACAAGCACACUUUCCUGUCCAAGCUCAUAAAGAGCAUCUUCUCCUCCUACCUGGAAAGCUACAUUGACAUGGAGAAGGACUACCUUCGCACGCGCGGCGCCAUGAUUCUCCAGCGCUACUACGACUCCAAGAACCACCAGAAACGACCAAUUGGUACCGGCAGUAUCCAAGAACUGAAGGAGAGGAUCAGACAACGCACUAAUCUACCACUGGGCCCGAGUAUCGACACCCACGGGGAGACAUUUUUGUCUCCAGAAUUGGUGGUCAACCUGCUGCAGGAAACACGACAUGCCUUUGAGAGAUGCCACAGGCUUUCAGAUCCCGCCGACCUGCCCAAGAAUGCCUUCGUAAUCUUCCUGCUGCUGGUCGAGCAUCUGUGCGUGGAGCAUAUUGACUAUGCGUUGGAGAUCGGCCUCUCGGCUAUUCCCUCCUCAGAUGCCAAGAAUGCCAAUUUAUACUUCCUGGAUGUGGUCCAACAGGCCAACUCUAUAUUUCACUUGUUUGACAAGCAGUUCAACGACCAGCUUAUGCCUCUAAUAAGUUCAUCUCCAAAGUUAGCCGAAUGUUUGCACAAGAAGAAAGAAGUGAUUGAACAAAUGGAAGUGAAACUGGACACAGGAAUAGACAGAACGUUAAACUGCAUGGUGGGACAAAUGAAGCACAUCUUGGCAACCGAACAGAAGAAGACUGACUUCAAGCCAGAGGAUGAGAACAACGUCAUGAUCCAGUACACUACAGCCUGCGCCAAAGUCUGUGCCUACGUCAGCCGGCAGGUGGAACACGUGCGGAAGUCUAUGGAUGGCAAGAAUGUGGACACGGUGUUGACGGAGUUGGGUGUUCGCUUCCACCGCCUCAUUCAUGAGCACCUGCAGCAAUACAACUACAGCUCUAUGGGAGGCAUGCUGGCCAUCUGCGACGUGGCUGAAUACCGACGAUGCGCCAAGGACUUCAGGGUGCCUCUGGUGCUGCAGCUCUUCGACACUCUGCACGCCCUGUGUAACCUCCUGGUCGUUGCCCCUGACAACCUGAAGCAGGUGUGCUCAGGCGAGCAGCUCACCAAUCUGGACCGGAACCUCCUGCACGCUUUCGUCCAGCUCAGAGUGGACUACCGUUCAGCCCGACUGGGUCGCCACUUUAGCUAAUGAUUGGGCCGACACUUGACAAAACGCCCUCCGUCCAGUACAGCAGUCCACCGCCAUGCUUCGAUGACUUGAUGCACUUUGGAUAGAGACACCUCGGCUUUCGAGGAGGCGUCAAUCCACCUUGACGGACUCUCCUGGGGAUGGCAUCAAAGACAUGAUGGCUACUGUUCCUUGAAUGUGGGAUCAUGUGCAUUUUACCUCUUGCAUAAAAUGUGUCUCAUUUGUUUUUAAAUACUAAUCUAUUACCCAAUUACACUUUGACUUUCUCCAUAAACGGACGUUGAUUUAUC